GGCGGCCGGAGAAGCCGCCCUAUUCGUACAUCGCUCUCAUAGUAAUGGCCAUCCAGAGCUCGCCCAGCAAGCGCCUGACGCUCAGCGAGAUCUACCAGUUCCUGCAGGCGCGCUUCCCCUUCUUCCGCGGCGCCUACCAGGGCUGGAAGAACUCCGUGCGCCACAACCUGUCGCUCAACGAGUGCUUCAUCAAGCUGCCCAAGGGCCUCGGGCGGCCCGGCAAGGGCCACUACUGGACCAUCGACCCAGCCAGCGAGUUCAUGUUCGAGGAGGGCUCGUUCCGCCGGCGGCCGCGCGGCUUCCGAAGGAAAUGCCAAGCGCUUAAGCCUGUGUACAGUAUGGUGAACGGGCUGGGCUUCAACCAUCUCCCCGACACCUAUGGUUUCCAGGGCUCCGGAGGCCUCUCAUGCGCGCCCAACAGCCUGGCGCUGGAGGGCGGCUUGGGCAUGAUGAAUGGCCACUUGGCUGGCAACGUGGACGGCAUGGCUUUGCCUAGUCACUCGGUGCCACACCUGCCCUCCAACGGCGGCCACUCGUAUAUGGGCGGCUGCGGUGGUUCUGGAGCCGGAGAAUACCCGCACCACGACAGCUCAGUGCCCGCUUCCCCGCUGCUGCCGGCCGGCGCCGGCGGGGUCAUGGAGCCGCAUGCCGUCUACUCCAGCUCCGCAGCAGCUUGGCCGCCCUCGGCCUCCGCAGCUCUCAACAGCGGGGCCUCCUACAUCAAGCAACAGCCUCUGUCCCCUUGUAACCCAGCGGCCAACCCCCUGUCUGGCAGCCUCUCCACACAUUCCCUGGACCAGCCAUACCUGCACCAAAACAGUCACAACGGGCCAGCAGAACUGCAAGGAAUCCCUAGGUAUCACUCACAGUCGCCCAGCAUGUGUGACAGAAAGGAGUUUGUCUUCUCUUUCAAUGCCAUGGCAUCUUCCUCUAUGCACUCUACUGGUGGAGGGUCCUACUACCAUCAGCAGGUCACCUACCAAGACAUCAAGCCAUGUGUGAUGUGAAGCCGAGGCCAUGGGCCCUCCAGCCCAGCCUGGCCGGCCCAGGGACCAGGAGCCCACCACCACAAACUGCUUUACUCUGGAGGUAUAACCGUCAGCAAGAGGAAAGGGCCUGUCCCCUUCCCUAACGGAUUAUUUGGAGAGAAAACCCCAACACAGACCUAGCGCUGUGGUCGGCGACUCCACCCCCCACUCACUCACUAAUUUCUAAAAAACAGUGGCCGUGGGGCCAGAUCAGACUGCAGCUGUAAGUAAAUAAAUACUUAUUUUCAACCCCAUUGAAAGCAGCCAUGAAGGUACUGUGUCGGGGGGGAAGCCAGCUACAUGGAAAGAAUUCUGCCGAGGUCUCUCCACCCCCGCCCACACACACACCAAGGGACAAUUUUUAGAAUCACGAACAUGUGAGACCAGUCAUUAUCAAAUGCUUUUAUUUUUGAUUGAAUAUUUAUCUUUUAAUUUUUAACUUUUUGAAAGAAUGUCUUGAAAUGCACAGUUCUCCCCUCAGCCAUUUUUUUCCCCUCCUGGAGAGGAGGAGGAGGAAAGGACCAGGCACGGCACCCCCUCUCCCAACCUGGGGUCUCCUCCAGCAGUCACAGGUGGAUCUUCAUGGAAAUGACGCCGAUACCUGGAGCCACUGUUUGUCUUUUAAAAAGGACAACAGGAGCUGAGAAGCUGCCCCAGCCUCCAUACCCUUCCAUCUUCUUCCUCCAGCGCCUUUCACUUUGUUUGGAGUUGCAUUUUGACUUCUUCAGAGGGUAUUUUUCUGCUUCCCAGUCUCUUCUGUAACUCUGAAAGGAAAUGAACACAGAAAGCUGCAGGGAUACGGAGGCUCGAUCAGGUGGUGUAGUUCAGGCGCCCUGACACCAUAGACAGGCUCAGCCUGUUAUUUAUUCUGCUUUCUUUUCCUGGUCAAAACACCACGUAGCUCUACCCUCCCAGUAUUAAUGGUGUGACUUGGUUGGCAAUAUUUGCCGUGUAGAGUUGUUUUUUUUUUUAUUUGAUAUCCAUUGUAAAUUUGAAGCAAAGACCAAUCCGUGUAAAAACAAAUUUCCAUAUGUUUUAUAUAAAUAUAUAUAUAAAUGAAGGACUGUCCCCCUUUUUAGUAUUUCGGCCGCAGAGGUGCGGUAUCUGUGACACAUAUUUUAAACCUCCUUCUGCACUGUAUAAGAGGACAAUCCGAGGGUAUGCUUUUUGUGUAUUUUUUUCCUACAAAAAGAACAAAAAUAAAAAUGUAUAACAUUUGUACAUGGCCUCUAAAACGCUUGUCGGUAGAAAUAAACUCGAAUGGCUACUUUGUUGGGGUAAUAGACCAAAUAAUUAUCCACCCCAAGAGCUUCAGCUCUCUGGACAAAAUUAAAUCUAGGAGAAUCUCAACUCCCCCCCCAUUAGCCCUCUUUUCAUUCUUCAUAGCAGAGUAACAUCUGGGUAGGGGUAACUCCCCCCCCCACACCGCUUCUAGGUUUUGAAGAUGAGCCUUCUGUCCCUCUAAAUGUCAUUUCUUGGUUUGAAGAAAUAAUCAAACAUUUAAAGAAAAAGGGUAGUCUUUCAUCCCUGUGCAAAAUCACACAAUCUCUACAUAUAUUUACGUGUAUUUUUUUCCUUCCACCCCCGAACCGGGUGUGCCGUUUACCCCACCUAGAGUAAGCCUUGACCUGCCUUACAUUCUGUUGUAGAUAAUGAAGCAACUUCAAAGUUGUGUUUGUUUGUUUUGUUUUGUCUAUUUUUAAAAAGUUGCCUGAUGCUCUUCCCCGUGGAGUCCUGUAAAACCCAGCCAGGAAGAGACCUUCCGUCCUUGGGUGCCCAGGACUCCACACCCAUGCUCCCGCCCCUAACAUAUUUCCCUUCUAAAUCGUAUUUUCCCUCCUCUCCUGGAGACAACGAACAGCUAAGCUCUGGACUCCCCUGACCACCAUCUCCAGCACCAACCGCCCACCUAGGAAAACAAACACAAUAAGCCGCAUUGUUCGUGCCGCGGUCCUGACCCACCGCAGUGUCUGUGCACCGUGGGGUCGCGCCUCAGAACCUGCUUCUUCUCAGACUUGACAUUCUGGACGGGAGGGUAAUUUCUCCGGUGCUCUGUUACAUCAAAAUUAUCAAUAAACUCGUCCCAGCAA